GUAGAGUGACUGAAGGCGCGGUCGGAGAGGAGGGUCUUGGCACGUGGCUUUAAGAAGGCAAGGGUGGGGCCAAGGCUUCAGCUUCAUUUUUAUGUGUACAGUUACAAAGCUCUUACCCUGUUGCGGAACGUGGCUUUAGUAACCCUGACCCAUGUGGAAAUCAGUCACGUUCCUAGUUUACUCUAUUGGAAGCCCUGGCAAUCUUCUGGGGUAUGAAUGCCGGUUAGGAAAUGGCUGUCCAGUGCACUCACUUGCCUAUUCAUGUGUGUUGAGAUACGUCAAAUGCCCCGUCUUGUUUGUCUGUCAAAGUUACUGUACCUUGACCUCUAAAUGUUUCAGAUAUUUGAGCACCAGAAGUGUGUGAGACGUCGAAUUGCUAAAAAUGACUGGAAGAGCACGGGCGCGGGCCAGAGGGAGGGCGAGGGUCCCUGAAGUUGGUGCUCCUGGGCCGGCGCCCACUCCAAUCCCAGCCACCGUUGUGGCAGUAGAGACCGAGCUUGUUGGUCGUGGACGGCAGCGAGGACCUCCUGGAACAGUGAGACGCAGAGAUGAGAGCAAGGAUGUGUCCGCUGGAUUUAAGGAACUUACGUUAGCCGAGAGAGGCGGGCGUCGGCGUGACUUUCAUGACCUUGGAGUUUACACCAGGAAAGCGAUGGAGCACGUCAAGGAUUCCAAAGCGGGUGUCUCUGGGAGUCUAAUUCGUUUGGUCACAAACUAUAUUCGCCUAAACUCGCGGCCACAGUGGGCUCUGUAUCAGUACCACGUGGACUAUAAACCGCAAAUGGAAUCGAGACGCCUCCGUACUGCGCUGCUGUUCAUGCAUGACAAAAUCCUUGGUAGAACUCGUGUUUUUGACGGUUGUAUCUUAUUUCUUCCCAAAAAACUGGAAAAGAAAGUCACUGAGCUGGUCAGCCUGACUCGCGAUGGCCAGAAUGUGGUGGUCACUGUUACUCUGACCAAUGAGUUGCCUCCAACGUCUCCCACGUGUCUUCAGUUCUACAACAUUGUGUUCAGAAGACUGCUGAAGAUCAUGUCCUUGCAACAAAUUGGCAGGAACUACUACAACCCUCAGGACCCUAUUAUGAUUCCGCAGCACAGAAUCAUGGUGUGGCCUGGCUACACCACCUCUAUCCUGCAGUACGAGAGCAGCGUUAUGCUGUGUGCCGACGUGAGUCACAAGAUUCUGCGCAGUGAAACUGUGCUUGAUGUCAUGUACCAGUUGUACGAGCAGUUUGGCGAAUAUCGGUUUCAAGAGGCCUGCUCCAAGGAACUAGUAGGAGUGAUUGUUCUCACCCGGUACAACAACAAGACUUACCGAAUUGAUGACAUUGAUUGGAUUCAGAAUCCAAAGAACACCUUUAAAAAAGCAGAUGGAUCUGAAAUUAGCUACGUGGACUAUUACAAAAAGCAAUACAGUACAGAUAUUACUGAUCUGAACCAGCCAGUACUGAUCAGUCAGCCCAAGCGACAAGGACCUCCUGGCAUUACUUUGGGACCAAUCUGCCUCAUUCCUGAGCUCUGUUAUCUUACAGGUAUGACGGAUAAAAUGCGUUCUGAUUUCAAUGUCAUGAGAGACCUCUCCAUGCAUACACGGCUGACACCAGAACAGCGGGAGCAACGGUUGGGAAGUUUCAUGGACUACAUUCAAAAGGAUGAUAAUGUCCAGAAAGAACUCUCCGAUUGGGGUCUCCAAUUUGACUCCAAACUACUCUCAAUGUCUGGACGCGUUGUUCCAUCGGAGAAAAUCCAUCAAGGUGGAAAAAUGUUUGACUACAAUCCUCAAGUAGCAGAGUGGUCCAGAGAAACCAGAGGAACUCGCCUGAUUAAUCCCAUUCCAUUGGAGAACUGGGUGAUGGUUUUUAUUCGCAGGAAUGUUGAUGUUGCCAGGAGCCUUUUGAAUACUCUGGGCAAAGUAGUAAAUGCAAUGGGCAUUAGGAUGGAGAAACCACUGAUGAUUGAAGUUGAUGACCGCAGUGAGGCAUUCCUAAAGGCCUUGCAGACCAAUGUUACUCAGAGGACAAGAAUGGUUGUGUGCAUUCUUCCAUCCAACCGCAAAGACAAGUACGAUACAAUCAAGAAGUUCUUAUGUGUGGAAUGUCCUACUCCCAGCCAGUGUGUGGUUGCUCGCACCUUGAGCAAACCGCAGGCGCUGAUGGCCAUUGCCACCAAAAUUGCUUUACAAAUAAACUGUAAGAUGGGCGGUGAACUGUGGAGUGUUGAGAUACCACUCAAACAGCUGAUGGUGGUUGGUAUCGACAUCUACCAUGAUAAUGCUGCGGGAAGGAAAUCCAUCGCGGGGUUUGUGGCCAGCCUUAACGAGGCAGUAACCAGGUGGUUCUCUCGCUGUAUUAUUCAAGAGCGAGGACAGGAGCUUGUGGAUGGACUGAAAGUUUGCUUGCAAGCUGCUCUGAAGGCCUGGUACGCACAGAAUAAUUGCCUGCCUGCGCGUAUCAUUGUAUAUCGUGAUGGGGUUGGUGAUGGUCAGCUGAAUACGGUGGUAAAUUAUGAAGUUCCACAGCUGCUGGACUGUUUGAAAAACCUUGGUGACUACAACCCGAAGCUGUCUGUGAUUGUUGUAAAGAAGCGUGUAAAUGCUCGUUUCUUCUCUCGUUCCGGGGGGCGGCUGCAGAACCCACCACCUGGCACCAUCAUUGAUACAGAGGUCACCAGACCAGAAUGGUAUGACUUCUACAUUGUGAGCCAAUCAGUGAGAGUUGGUACAGUUACACCAACUCACUAUAAUGUUGUGUACGACAGCAGCAAUCUGAAACCCGAUUACAUGCAGCGGCUCACCUACAAGAUGUGCCACAUGUACUACAACUGGCCUGGUGUGAUCCGUGUGCCUGCUCCCUGCCAGUAUGCCCACAAGUUGGCAUUCCUAGUCGGGCAGAGCAUUCACCGCGAACCCAGUCUGGCGCUGGCAGGCCAGCUGUUUUAUCUGUAACAGGACAAGUCUCCCGUCUCUCUCUCUCUCUCUCUUUAUAAGGCCGGUUUGUAAAAUGUGCUUUUCUUUUGAACCAGUAAAUAUGCGUGUGCAAACUUGGAAUGCUGAAGGGUCAGUGGUAUAUGAGUGGAAGUUACCUUGUUUAGAAUAGACUGGGUAUAUUUUGUAGUUUAGAUGACCUUUGUUUCCUAAAUCGAUAGUCGGUACUUUCACUGAAUAUUAUAGUUUUGUUCUGAAAAUUUGAUAGUGAAUUCAUUUUCCCCCCACCCCACCAAAAA